GCGCGUCAUGAGUGAAAGAACUGGCUGUCAUUGAUGAAAUGUCUCAUUUAUGUGUAUGAUCAUGAUUUGAAACUACAUAAAACUGUUUAUCUCAAACCUUUCCACAUGGGUCAGAGCCUCCUCUUGGAAUGGAUCACGCAAAUCUUCUUUCCAACAACACCACUGUAGAAGUGCAUCAAAGAAAUGGAGGUCAACAAGGGAGACAAGAGAAGACGGUACCUAUAGCAGUUUCACUGCUGAUUUUGAUUGCUCUUCUAGGAUCAGCCGCAAAUUUUCUCGUUUUAAGAACAAUUUUUAAACGGAGGACGAAAAAGCUCCACGAGUAUCUAAUACUGAACCUGGCGGCCACCGAUGCAGGAACGUGCCUUAUAAGCAUUCCUUUUGAUAUUGGAGAGCAGUUGACCGGCGAGUUUCCUUACGGAGCCUUUCUUUGCCGCAUUAUUUACCCAUUUCAAUCCGUACUUGUUUAUGUCUCCGUCACGACUUUGGUAUUCAUGUGCGUUGAACGUUACAGACUGAUAGUUACUCCAAUGAAGCCAAGAAUACGAGUUAAAACUGGUUUGAUUGUCAUUGCUUUAAUAUGGCUUUUAUCCGGUCUGAUGGUCCUGCCUCUAUCACUUGUCCUGAAGUUGAAAGGAUCCAUAUGCAGUGAAGAAUGGCCAAACGCCUACUUUGUCAAGAUGUUUACCGUCAUCAUCUUCAUCGUCCUUUACUUUAUACCUUUGAGUAUCAUGGCUUUUCUCUACGCUUUCACGAUUUAUGCACUACAAAAAGAUACGAGGUCCUUAAAGAUAAAACGACAAAGAGGAACGAGAACAUUCUCUCAGGAAUCCAUUGAUGAAAGAUUGGAGAGAAACUACACAAUUGUAAAGGCAUUCGUGAUAGCUGUUCUUGUAUUUGCAAUCUGCAUGUUACCAACGCAUAUUACUUGGCUGUGGCACGAUUUUGGUAACGGCUCCGAGAAUCCCCACGAUUUGUUCAACAAAGUGGCAACAUUUAGUAACAUACUCACUUACACAAAUUCUCUGGUCAACCCCUUUAUUUUUGGCUCAAUCGUGAUUAAUAUUGAGAGAUUUGUUAACCUUUUCAAAAAUUUAAUUUGCUGCCGUUAUUUUAGAAGAGCGCACGAUUUUUAUGAAGUUCACGUUCUCCAACUUCGGUCUCCUUCGAUGUCAUCGCAACUCGCAAAUAGAUCAUUCUUCCUUUCUUUGUCUAAAUCAUCAGUUAUCUCCAGUUGUGGAACCAACGAAGUAGUCAGAGCUACAAGAAUAACUGCAAAGAACUAGACCUCAAUUGUUAUGAUAUUCUCUUAGUCAAAAUUUUCGCCAUGCAACUGAACUGAAAAAGAAAUGAAAACCUGCCGUAAUAAUUUCACAUUCAAAACAAGAAACUUAGGUCUUUAUUGAACAGG